AACUAUCAACAAAGGCAUCAACACUCAAACAAACAAAGUGAUAUUAUUCAGCGAGGUCUGUUGUUCAGGGUCACUUUAACAGCAGGGAUCGGGCUUUUGCCAAGGUGAGCCCUUCUACACCUCGGUGCCCUGUAUCUGCGCCCUGAGGGGAGUGGGAUGAGUGAUCACAGGGCCUGGUCAAGACUCUAUGCUCUGCAAUCACAGGCCUUCAUACAGCUGCAUCAAAAGCUGCUGAGGAAGAAAAGGACACUAUGAGGGGAAGAUAAAGAAUCCAGAAAUCAGCGAAUGAUCAUGGGAUGUGGCAUGAGCAAAUCAAAACGGCUGAAGAAAUGUGACAGAGGUGUGGGCUUCAUUUACAUAAUUACAAUAAUAACAAUCAGAGCGGCUCUGCUGAUCCAGCGCUGGUACCGUCAGUAUGCAGCGCGGCUGGAGAUGAGGCGCAGGUGCACCUGGAAUAUCUUCCAGUCUAUUGAAUAUGCCGGAGAGCAAGACCAGAUGAAGCUUUACAGUUUUUAUGGCUACUUGAUAGAACACUUCAAGCCAGCUAGCAGUGAAAGGAAACUGAUUUCUCGCAUUUUUCACAAGGAUGAAAUCUGCUGUGACGCAGAUUGGGAGACUUAUUUUUGCUACAACAGCAUCCAGGUUCCUGAGAGCUACUCUGGCCCCCAUCUGACCUUCCCCAUGAACCUCUGUGGCGUGUCAAAUCUAGUGGAGGCUUUCAAACACAAAGAAUCGCAGCUCCAUCCUCGAUAUGUUCUGCAACUUCUUGGAGAGACUUGGAGACUUCUAAGAAUCCUCCCAAAUAUCAAUCUGGUCUCUGCCUGCCACAACAAAGAAAUUACCAUAUGUGGAGAUUUACACGGGCACCUUGAAGAUCUGUUGUUGAUAUUCUAUAAGAAUGGUUUGCCUUCCUCUGAGAAACCAUAUGUCUUCAAUGGAGACUUUGUUGAUCGUGGCAAAAGCUCCUUGGAGAUACUGCUGAUCCUGUUUGGGUUCCUACUGGUCUAUCCAAAUGAUGUCCAUCUAAACAGAGGGAACCAUGAGGACCACAUUGUCAACUUCAGAUAUGGUUUCACUAAGGAAGUUUUGGGAAAAUACAGGGUGCAUGGCAAGAAGAUCCUGAAGCUUCUCCAGAAGAUUUUUAGCGCAUUGCCACUGGCCACAAUAAUUGAUCACAAAGUGCUGAUUGUCCACGGUGGGAUCUCUGACACAACAGACCUUGGCAUGAUAGCUAAAGUGGACAGACAUAAAUAUGUGUCAGCUCUAAGGCCUCCUAAGCAGAUCCAAAAUGGAGUCCAUCGCACAAAGACAAGACAGACAAUGGACAAUGAGGAGAUUGGGGGACCAGCAGAGGGUCGGCGUCGAGUGUGUUCUUGGACUUGCGACAGUUCAAUUUCAUCUCAAAGGCAUGACCUCCCACGGCGAUCGCUCAUUUUUCCACUUGGAAGCGACCAUAUCAACCGUUCAGUGAAAGAGGAGCUGAAAAGGAGACGCAGAUUGGCUGGGUAUGACCAGUCCUAUGGAGAACUGAAGACAUCUGACUCACAAUCAGAUCCAGAGUUGGAUGAAACAACCGACACAGAUGAGCACAGGUGGAAGCAAGUUGUUGACAUGUUGUGGAGUGACCCAAUGCCCCAGAGCGGCUGCAUUCCCAAUGAGGUGCGAGGCAGAGGUUGCUACUGGGGACCAGAUGUCACUGAGGAAGUGCUGAGAAGACACAACCUCCAACUCCUCAUCCGCUCACAUGAGUGCAAACAGGAAGGCUUUGAGUUCUGCCACAAUGGCAGGGUGCUGACUAUAUUUUCAGCAUCCAACUACUAUGAAGUGGGCAGCAAUAGAGGAGCCUACAUCAGAAUGGGUGCUGAUCUUAUCCCCCACUUCUUCCAGUACCAGGCCAGCAGGACCAGAACAGAGCUCACCCUAAGGCAAAGUGUUGGUUGGAUAGAGAGAUCAGCUCUGCGAGCUCUGAGGGAACAGCUGUUUGCACACAAGUCAGUUCUCAUUAGUGCCUUCCAGGAAUUUGAUCCAGACCACAAAGGCACAAUCUCUCUGAGUCACUGGGCCAGUGCCACAGAGAGAGUACUAAAUCUGGGUCUGCCUUGGAGGGUGCUUCGCCCUCAGCUUGUCAGCAGCACCCAGUGUGGCAUGGUGGACUACCAGCAGUGGAUAAGCGAGCUCUCCAUCACUGAGCCCAGACUAGAGAUCUUAGAUGAUAGCAUCCUGGAGACAAUGUACAAGAACCAUUCCAACUUGGAGACAAUUUUCCGAAUCAUAGACACAGAUCACUCAGGUUUAAUAUCUUUUGAGGAGUUUCAUCAGACCUGGAAACUCCUGAGCUCCCAUCUUCAGGUAGAGAUCAGUGACAAGGCCAUUGCAGACCUGGCCAAGAGCAUGGACUUCAAUAAAGAUGGAAGUAUUGAUAUCAAUGAGUUUAUGGAGGCUUUUCGGUUGGUGGACCUCUCUGCACAUACUUGAAAGCAAGGACAAGGACCUGCAGCGAAACACCUGAUGUUUAACAGUAUCUUGUAAUAAUAGCCUUGUAAUCAUUUAUUAUUAUUUUAUUAGUAGUAUUUUUCUUCAACUUUUUCAAGAAGGUGGUUUAUUCACUUAACUUGUGACAAUACAGAUAGUGUUUGAAUAAAAAAAGUAAGGACUAAAGGAGCUCUAAACUCAACAACUCAAGAUUACUUUAGCAACUACACACACAAAACACCGGAUUCCUCAACAAGACUUCUUGCAGCUGAGUUUAAAGACUGUUAAUGUGAGAGUUGUUUCACAAAGAGAGAAGAAUGAGUGGAGUAAAUGAAGACUGUUAACUGCUCUGCUGCAUUUAUUGAGGAUCAGUCAAGUGUUUUGAAGUAAUAUGCUGAAGAGAUGUUGGUACUAAAGUAAAAGUCCAGAAUAAACAGAAAAACUGGAUUCACUUUUCUGGAUAA